AUGGCGCUGACCGGACUGAAGGGAGGAGGAGAAGGGGGGGCGGGGGAAGAACGUCCCCCGCGCGCGUGCACGCGCUGCGCCCCUCCCUCGCGUCACCGCCGGCGGUCCCGCCGUCUGGAGCAGCCGGCCCCUCGCGGCAGCACCACUUCCCUCCCACCCCUUACCGCCACCGGCCCCUCGCCGCAGCACCACUUCCCUCCCAUCCUUUACCGCUACCGGUCCCUCGCGGCAGCGCCACUUCCCUUCCAUCCCAUCCCUUACCGCCACCGGCCCCUCGCCUCAGCCCCGAGUUUUCCGCAGCCGCUCGGCCCCUCGUCUCAGCCCCGCGUCGCUCACUACCCACCAGCCCCUCGCCUCAGCCCGAGUACCUCCCGUUCCCCACCACUCGCCGGCCCCUCGCCCCAGCCGUGUGUCCGUCCUGUCCCUGUCUGCCGCUCGGGUCGGGCCAUACGGAUCACCAGGACGACGGUUUUAGUUUUGCCUCAGCCGCUGGAAAAAGCCAGCAACAUGGUUGCUCCAUCUCUUGGCUUCGGUGAGUUUUCUGCUCCCUUUGGCUCAAGGCCGUUAGUAGUGUCCUUCAGCAAAACAGUGUGA